AUGGCGGGCAAUCCUCAGUCCCAGCAUCGUUGUGUUUUUGUUGGUAAUAUACCCUAUGAUGCUACUGAAGAACAACUUGUUCAAAUAUGCGAGGAGGUUGGGCCGGUUGUUUCCUUUAGAUUAGUUAUUGAUAGAGAUACUGGAAAACCAAAAGGUUAUGGGUUUUGUGAGUACAAGGAUGAAGAGACUGCUCUAAGUGCUCGUCGUAAUCUUCAGGGUUAUGAGAUAAAUGGUCGACAGCUAAGAGUUGACUUUGCUGAGAAUGACAAGAAUGCUGAACGGAAUCGUGAACAGGGCCGUGGUGGUCCUGGUGCUCCCUCAAAUGUUGAUGCUUUAAAACAGUUGGGGGGUCCAGCUGGACAAUCAAGUCUUCACCAGCCAAUGGGGGACUCAGUUGCUGUUGCUGCUGCAACGGUUAUGGCAGGAGCUCUUGGAUCUGGACAAAAUCAGAUUGGACUUCAAAGUCAGCCCAUGUUGGGAGCUGAUCCUUUGACUCGUCAUUUGGCCAAAUUGUCAAGGAGUCAGCUGAUAGAGGUUAUGUCUGCAAUGAAGGUAAUGGCUACACAAAAUAAGGAACAGGCACGGCAGCUCUUACUUGCCAUCCCAAAUUUGCCUAAAGCUCUUUUCCAGGCCCAGAUUAUGCUUGGGAUGGUGUCCCCUCAAAUGUUGCAGAUGCCCAAUAUCCGGCAAUCCUCUACACAACCACUUCAGCCUCUCGUGCAAAGUGGACAAACUCUUCCUGGACUUCCUCCACUUCCCCAGAACAAAAUUCAGUCGGUUUUGCUGCCUUACACCCAGGAAAAUCGAGUUUUGACUGGUGUACCAAACCUGUAUACUUCAAUUCAGCAGUUUCCAACACAACCUCAAAUUCUACGUCCACCAUUGGUCCAGAACCAAGUGUUACUGCCUCAGAAUGCAGCCCCACAUCCUUCUCUGCUUGCAAGUCCACAGUUGCAGGCUGCAGGCUUUCAGCAACCUAGCCCCUCAAUGCCGUUCACCAUGCAUGAAAAUAUGGAUCUGAAACGACGUGCUUCGAAUGUCAUUGGACCUUCACGAGUUGGUGACACCAUAGACCAAGUUGAUAGUGCAUCAAAGUUGGUCAAAUUGAAUGGUGGACAAGCCGUCCCUUCUUCACAUUCUGUAAACAUAAUCACACCAUUCCCUUCUUCCAGUGUACCCAGAAGACAAGUCCCGAGAGCAGAAGAGACUCCAAACUCUGAGAAGCAAGCCACACAGUUACAACUCCCGGCCGAUGUUGACCCAGCCUUGCUUGAGCAAGUUCUGAGCCUAACGCCACAGCAGCUUAGUUCCCUGCCGCCGGAUCAGCAGCAGCAAUUGAUCCAACUCCAGAAGAUGCUUCGGCAGGCGACAUAA